CAGACUUCUAGGACUGAUGAGGACCAGUCUGAGUCAGAGGAGAAGGAAGCGGGUGUUAGUGGAGGCUGGGGGGAUGGGGAAUAGAAGAGGUGGGCGGGUGGUGGACCAUCGCUUGCCACCCAAGAUGUUAUUCACUGACUAGUGCUGCCAUGGGCACAUCUGGACGUAUUAACUUCACUGUGCGCAGUCUCCUGGAUUUACCCGAACAAGAUGCACAGCACCUGCGGAAGGGGGACUCGGAACCGCCAACCCUUUGCUGCCCCGGCCCUUACUGCGAAUGGAUGGAGAAUGACCGAAGUCACUACCCCUGUGACUUCAGACGAGAGUAGCACAGAGACCAAUCUGUCAGACUCCACACCGCGGCUUCGGCCUCUGACUCCUGCAGAGCUACCUGGUUCGGACUUGGAGAAGAGGAAGAAGCGACGGGUGCUAUUCUCCAAGGCUCAGACUCUGGAACUGGAGCGGCGCUUCCGGCAGCAGCGCUACCUUUCCGCUCCAGAGAGGGAACAGCUGGCUAGACUCUUGAGCCUGACGCCUACUCAGGUCAAAAUCUGGUUCCAGAACCACCGCUACAAGAUGAAGCGUGCCGGGAGUCAUGGGCCUCUGGGUCCUGCCUGUGUCGCGGACCUGCGCCCAACUCCUGGGUUGCUACGGCGGGUGGUAGUCCCGAUACUGGUCUGUGACCGAAAGGCUUGCCAAGGUUGUGAACCUAAUCUGGCAGCAGCUCUGGACAAGCCGAAUUUGGCUCAAGCUACCACUGCCUCGGCUUGCGUCCUUCCAGGCUAUGCUUCUUUCCCCGCCAGUUCCACUGCGGUGUUUAGCCUCUUCCAGGCUAAUCAGCAUUUAGGACACCCGACACUAGUCUAUGGAACUGGUGAGAUCCGACAGCGCAGAGGGGAAGGGGAUAUCUUGGGUCUCUCUCCCUACUUAUUCCCACUUUUCAAAUGAACUUAGAAAUUCGCCCGAGUACCCAGAACCUGCCCUAUAGUCCCGAAACUAUGUUUAAAUUCUAGGGACAUUGGAUGACUGUGGCAGUUCUCUGCCCUCCUAGCACCUGCCCUUUCUGGGACUCCUAAACCCAAGUCUUGGAGAAGGCAAAGAAUAGAUUGUAUCAAUAUUUACCUCUUUUCAUCUCUCUAACUCAGUUAAACGAAUUGUUCAAACCGCAUUGUAUAUUUUUUUAAAGUAGUGAUUUGUAUGGAAAACAACCUAUUUUUUUUUUUAAAGAAAUAGGAUAUUUUUGUAGUAGUACUAAUACAAAUAAAGUAUUUGGAUUCCUUCCCUUCCUGUUUCUGCAGCAGAGCAUCAUAAGGAGGCAAUGCUCCUUCUUGAAGAGCAUACUCUGUUUUUUGUUUUUUUCUUGGUCUUUAAAGACUUGCUCUUUCCCUCCUGUCACUAUUCCAAAAUGAGUGCAAUUGAAAUUCACAUUUAACAUUAAGAAGAUGGUAGUGGGGAUAUGGAGAACAAUGUUUCUAGAAAAGACCUGGAUGUACAAGUUUGUGAGGUUUUGUUCUCCCUAGUUUUGGGAAGCUGUGGUUUUCUAAUAUCACAUUCUGCAUCACAAUCUUGGGCAGUCAUAGUUCUUUGUGAUCAACUAAAUUGAUAUUUUUUAUCAAAAUAUUUCUUUGUCCUAAGUAGUUCCUAAAGAUCAUGUAUUUGAAAAUGAAAGGAAUGUUAGAGGUUGUGUAACCUAAUCACUUUAUUUUACAAAAGAGGAAAAGUUAUCAAAGAUGGGAAGUAAUUUGUUUCUUCACUACUACAUCUGCUUAACAGAUUUAUUUGGAAAGAUUUAAGCUCUAUAACUGGAGUCAGCAAGAAAAAUUAAAACCUGAUUUCUAACUAGCAGUGUGACCCUAAGCAAGUCAUUUAACAGUCUGUUUACCUGAGUUUCCUCAUCUAUAAAAAGGUAAUAAUAAUAGCCAUUAUCUCCCAAAGUUAUUGCAAAUUCAAAACCUUAUGCCUAACUGCAUAAAUACUGAAUGACAACGGUAAUAAUUGGGAAUGGAUGUCUUCUUGUUCAUAAAGACAGUUGACUAUUUCAUAAAAACUGCUUAUGCAACUUGCUUACAGUCCCAUUUUAAAAGGCAUUUUUUUUCCAUUCUGAUAUUUAAAUUGAUUUAUGACCAAGAAAAGUUUUGGAGAAAAGGCCAAAUCCUAGAGAAAUGCCUGGGAGCAAGGGGGUAAAAUAUAAAGGAGAGAGGAGGUUUGUGAAGAAGAGUUUUAGAGAAGGAAUAGCUAAGCAGAGAGUAAGAAUUAGCUCUUGAUUAAAAGAAACACAGUUUACAUUUAGGUGACUAAGAAGAUCUUCUGAUUCCCACCUCUCACAAGAAUGGCCUAGACUUGAGAGCAGAAUUCAAUUUCUGACCAGCCCACUAGAUUGAAAAAAAAAAAAGUUCUUUUCACCAUCUCUGCCAGUCCACUUGUCAAAAGUGGAUCAUAAUAGGAUCAUAGUAUUACAUAUUUGGAGUUGGAAAGGACCUUCCUUAUAAAUAAAUAAAUGAGGAAAACUGAGGCACAGAGUGAUGAAGUAACUUUCUCUUCCUAAUUCCAAGUCCAGCUAUUUAUUACUCUACCUUGAUAUCUCACCAGAUUUGAAAUCCUGGCUCUUGCCAAUUCCAUAAAGAGUAGGAAGCUUGAGCUUUGAUACCCUGAGUGGGGAGAAUAACUAUAUACAUUUCAAGGUUUUGACUUGGGAGCCCCAAGAGGACAGUCCAAGAUGUGAAACUGGGAUGCAAGAUUAGUCUUAACAAAUUCAAGGAGAAAAUAGAUUAUAAGAGUAGUCAUUAGCUUAAAUAAAAUGUAGGGUGGAAACUAGGAAACUUUGGUCCCUAUUCUGAGGAGAAAUCCCCAGGAUUUAUCACCUGGGAUGGGGGUGGCAUGGCUAAAGAAGGGAAGGAAAGUGAGGGAGAUGAGGAGGUGGGAAGAUAUUAGAAUAUUUGGGUCUCAGCUGCUGGCCACCUUGUCUUCCAUAUGGAUAGGGUAAUCUUGGAAGAAUCUAGAUCCUUAAACCUCUUUUUGUCUUGGGAGCUGAAAAGUGUAUUGUUAAGCCUGAAAAGGAUCUGGACAAAAUCAGAACUGUUUCAAUUCAGGACUGUUUAAUCAGUCUGUGGUGACAAAGUAAUGGGUGUUAAGCCAGACAAUGGUAUCUUUUAAAACCUUGUGGCCUUCAGGAAGACAAAGGACUUGAAUUUUAUGGAUUUACAACUUCAAUUAGAAUACUGCCAUUGUGAACUGAAGAUUAUCAAAUCAGUAUCAUAAAAACCUUUCCCAAUAAAUGAUUUCUGGGGAAGUAGCCCUGACCUUGUAAGACGUGCAUUAGAACCUGACUGAUUGAUUAAAAUAUGUAAGCUGGGGGAGGGGAGGAAACAUUUCCUGAAAAAAAUAGUUACCCAAGUGAUCUUGUCCUUCCUUCAUACUUUUCAUCUUCCAGAAAUAGGUUAUUUUCUCCUUUCAUAGGUACAAAAGUUUGCAGUUUUUUUCUGCUAUUAUAAAUAUGUUCCAUCAUUUUCCCUGGAAGGUCACUAGAAUAAUUAGUCACCCCCCCUCCCCAGCUCUUCUUGAUCCCUUUAUUCUAUGAAAAUCAUCCAUCCUUUCUCCUAUCUUUUCUUUUCCUUGAAUUCCUGGGAAAUUUGGACUUAAGGACAGUUUAAUGUAUGUUUAUUAAAAACAUGAACAAGAUGGCUGAAGGAUUCAGAGAACAGAGGAAAGUACCUCUUCCCACAAAGAGGGCUUACUGAUGAAAUAGUUAUUCAUUUAAUAAACAUUUAUUAACCACUA